UCCGUACAAAGCACAAAACCAACAGCCAAAAACCCGGCUAGAAAUGGACUUUAUCGUUUAGAAACGUUGCAUUUGCCCCCGCCUGCGAGAAAUUUCGCCGCUGGGCAACCCGCUCGGUUCGAUUCCAAGAUGAAUCUGAUUUACAGCAGUCCAGAUAUUCACCGGGCUUUUAUUGCCCUGGGGAGCAAUGUAGGGGACCGAGUAGAAAUGAUUGAACAGGCCUGUCUUGAAAUGGAUAGAAUUGGUAUCAAAGUGAAAAGAACAAGUUCCCUGUUCGAGACUGCACCAAUGUAUGUGCUUGAUCAAGACCCAUUCAUCAAUGGUGUUUGCGAGGUGGAAACGACUCUCGCGCCUCUAGAUCUUCUUGAUGCUGUUCAAUCCAUUGAGAUUGCAUUGGGCAGAAAGAAGCUCAUAGACAAAGGACCACGCUCCAUUGAUCUUGACAUCCUACUCUAUGAUGAAGAGGUCUUCUCCCACGAGCGUCUUAACAUUCCGCACAACUUGAUGCUAGAGCGUGACUUUGUACUACGACCUCUCAGCCAAUUAAUCCCCAACGAAUACCCUCCUCUCCCAGGAAAGGACUCAAAAACAUACAGCGCACACCUAGCAGCGCUCCCCCCACCAGAUCCAACCCCAAUGUCAACAACCCCAAUCUCACCCCAAUUCCCCUCCCUCCACUCAACAGACUCAACCCGCCAAACCCACAUAAUGGCCAUCCUAAAUCUAACCCCGGACUCCUUCUCCGAUGGCGGCAAACACUCCCCGACAGACCUCGAGCACCUAACAACAACCGUCCGGGCCUUCAUCGCCUCCGGCGCCACAAUAAUCGACAUAGGCGGCGAAAGCACCCGCCCAGGCUCAAAGCCCGUAGGUGCUGCCACAGAAAUCGCCCGCGUAGUCCCCGCAAUCCGCCACAUCCGCUCGCUCCCUGAAGCCGCGCACAUCGCCCUCAGCAUCGACACUUACCGCGCGAGCGUCGCCGAAGCCGCCUGCGCCGCAGGCGCGGACAUCGUCAACGAUGUCUCGGCCGGCAUGCUGGACCCUGAUAUGCUGCCUACGGUUGCGCGGCUCGGCAAGGCCGUCAUCCUCAUGCACAUGCGCGGCACGCCGCAGACGAUGACCACGCUGUGCGAGUACCCGGACGGUGUGAUAGCGGGUAUUGCAGGGGAGCUGGGGGAGCGGAUUGCGGCGGCCGAAGAGGCGGGGGUGCGGCGGUGGCGGAUGAUUCUUGAUCCUGGGCUUGGAUUUGCGAAGGGGCAAAGGGAGGAUUUGGAGGUCUUGAGGAGGUUGGAGACUUUGAGGGGGAUGGAUGGGUUGGAGUGUUUCCCUUGGUUGAUGGGACCUAGUCGGAAGAGGUUCAUUGGGAAUAUUACUGGGGUGAAGACUGCUGCGGAGAGGGUUUGGGGCACUGCGGCGACGGUUUCGGCGAGUGUUGCUGGGGGUGCGGACAUUGUGCGUGUUCAUGAUGUGCGGGAGAUGGGGCAGGUUGCGAAGGUUGCGGAUGCGAUUUAUCGCGUGUGA